AUGACUGGAGUUCAUCAACUCUCUCUCUCUGAGUGGAGAUUGUGGCAAGAUCAUCCUUUUCCUACACAUCGAGUUGACCACUCUGAUCGAUGCCAUCAUUUUAUAAGCAUUAUGCAAAUGAUAGAAGGAAUGAGACACGAAGAGGGAGAAUGCAGCUAUGAAUUGGAAAUUAAAUCUUAUUUACAAAUGGAAGAUGUUAGAUCAACACUUGGUGCUCCCAGGAAUAGAUAUAAUAAUCUUGCCAAUGACACUUUUACUACUCACAAGAAAUCUUCAUUUGAAAAGAAUAUAAAUAAAGACAAUUCACUCUCAAUGACAGAAUCUGAUGAAGAAUGUGAUGAAGUAGACCUACCAAAUGAUAAAAGGAUAUCAGAUACAGGUGAAGUUGCUGCCACAUGUACUAUUAAAGAAAAUGUUGUUGAUCAGCCAUGUGUAUUAUUAACAGAAUGCCAGUUUGAAAAUAAAUCUACUAGUUCAUUUGCUGGAAAUUUUUUAGACUCUGGUUAUAAUAGUUUCAGUGAUGAGAAAUCUGUUUCAUCUAAUUUGUUUCUUCCAUUUGAGGAAGAGCUUUAUAAAACUAGAACAGAUGACCAAUUUUAUAAUUGUCACUCAUUGACAAAAGAGACAUUAGUUAAUGUAGAGAGAUUUUUAUCUCAUUCUCCACCUUCUCUCAGUGGACUCUCAGACUUGGAAUAUGAAAUUGCUAAGGAUUCUACACUUGAGAAUUUGCUUUUCUUAUCCUAUGCAGAGCAUUUACAAAAUGAUAAAUCCACCUGUUUGAUGUCACAUUCAGCUGUGAAUUCUCAACAGAAUUUAGAAUUGAAUUCACUUAAACUUAUUAAUGAUCCUUUUGAAAAAAGUUGCCUUUAUGGUGCAAUUAAUGAUAAGGUUUCUGAUGAGCCAAGCUUCUGUGACUGUGAUGGUAAAGGACAUAAAGUUACUCAAAAUGAAAAUUUAGAACCUGAAGAUCAUGUUCAAGUAUGCAUAGACCCUGUGAAGAAGUUAGUUGAAGAAAAGAGUCAUGAUGUUCAUAACAAUGACCUUGAAGUAUUGUUCACGGAUCAGAAUGAGAGUUUACUAUUAUUUGAAGAUGUUAAUACAGAGUUUAAUAAUAUGAGCCUUUCUCCCUUGAAUAAUAAAUGUAAAUCUUUAUGUGUGUCAGACAAAACUGCUGUAAGUGAAAUGGCUGUGGUCUCUCAGUUCUUAAUUUCUGAUGAACUUUUGUUAGAUAAUAAUUCUGAGCCCCAAGAUGACGACAUCUGUGAUACUAAUAGUCAGAAAUCUCACGAAGAUUUGAGAGGUGUACGUGAGGAAAAACUGACGAGUGAUGAAUAUGUUUUUGAUUGCUCUGGGGAUUUAUUUUCUGUUACCUUUGAUUUAGGAUUUUGUAGUCAGGAUUCUGAUGAUGAAAUAUUAGAACAUGCAUCAGAGACAAAUAACAAUAGACUUCUAGAUGAUCUAUCUGGAAGGUAUUUAGGUAUUAAGGAAAUAAGUGAUGCCAAGUAUGUUUCAUAUCAAACAGCAAUACCAGAAGAUCAUAUUGAAAAUUUUAUGAGUGAAAUCAUUAUCCCAUCAAGUAAAGAUAUGCAGAGCCCAAAUUUUCCUCAUUUUCCACUGAGUACAGCAAAAAUUAAAGAAUUUACAUCUCCUGGUUAUUCUCAGUUUUCUUUGCCAGUAGUAAAAAAAGUUAUGAGUACACCACUUUCUGAAUCAAACACACUGAACUCAUUUUCUAAGAUGAGAGGAGAAAUGCCUAAGACGCCAGAUUCUAAUAAGGAGAAAGUAAAUCUACAGAGUUUCAAAGAAACAUUGAAUUCAACUUUUGAUGAUUCAGGAUUUUCUCUAGAAAAGGCUAAAAGCAGUAAUCAAAUCCAUCUGCAUCAAUCCUGUCAUUCUGCUGAAGAUGAACAAUUAUUAGCAAGUAAUGAAAGUGAAGAUGAUGAGAUUUUCCGAAGAAAACAUAAAAAACCGAAAGGAAAUGUUUUAAAAUCCCCUGAGGAUCAGAAAAAUAGUGAAGUUGAUUCUCCACUUCAUCCUGUCAAAAAGCGCAGGGUUCCUAUGAACAGAUCAGAAUUAUCAUCUAGUGAUGAAAGUGAGAAUUUUCACAAACCAAAUCCUCAAUUAGAAGACUUCAGGAGUUGUAACAAGAAUUCCAGAGAAGGCAUCAAAGUCAAAAAGAGACAGAGUCACCUAAAGCAUGUAGCUAGGAAGUUUUUAGAUGAUGAAGCAGAACUUUCCGAAGAAGAUGCAGAAUGUGUUUCAUCGGAUGAAAAUGAUGAGUCAGAAAAUGAACAAGAUUCCUCAUUACUUGACUUCUUAAAUGAUGAGACUCAACCUUUCCAGGCUAUAAAUGAUUCUGAAAUGAGAGCUAUUUACAUGAAAUCUGUGCAUAGUCCAUUGAUGAGCAAUAAGUACAAAAUGGUCCAUAAGAAACAUGACAACAUAAACAUUUUUUCACAGAUUCCCGAACAAGAUGAAAACUAUUUAGAGGACAGUUUUUGUGUUGAUGAAGAAGAGUCUUGCAAAAGCCAAUCAAGUGAUGAAGUUUGUGUUGAUUUUAACUUAAUAACUGAAGGCUGCUUUGCAAAUGGGAGUAAAAAAUAUAAAACCCGACGUGCAGUAAUGCUAAAGCAAAUGAAGAUGAAACAAAAUUGUGCACAUUCAAAAACGAAAUUUUCCAGAAUUAUUUUACCAGAUGAUUCAAGUGAGGAGGAAGACAAUGUGAAUGAUGAAAAAGAUUCCAAUAUUGGGGUUAACCCAAGCACUGUUAACAAGAACAAACAACAGGACCGUUGUUUGAACUUAAUGCCUUCUGUGUCUGCAUUGCAGCCAAAGGUUCGAUGUAAUCCAAUAGAUAAUCGAUCACCAAAGCAGAGACAACAGACACAAUUUAAUUUAAAGAAUAUGAUUUCUGAAGUCUCAGGCUCCAAACCUCAGAGCCAUAAUAAAGUUGAAACUACCUUACCACCACUAACUACUUUUGAUUCACAGAAAGACUGUAGAAAAUUUCCAGUGCAGCUGAAGGUUGGUAGUGCUCUGGAGGAUUCUAGCACUUCAGCGGCAUACUGUUCCAGUUCACGACCACAUUUGGCUGGGAUGCAUACUUCUCUCAGACUUCCACAGGAAGGAAAAAGAACCUGUGUUCUUGUAGGUAGUCGUGAAAUUGCUUCUGGUUUAGAAGUAAUUUCUUCCCUAAGAAGAAUUCAUGGGUUACAAGUAGAGGUUUGUCCUCUUAAUGGCUGUGAUUACAUAGUGAGUAACCGCAUGGUGGUGGAAAGGAGGUCUCAGUCUGACAUGUUAAAUAGUAUCAAUAAGAACAAGCUCAUUGAGCAGAUCCAGCACCUGCAGAACAUGUUUGAAAGAAUAUGUGUGAUUGUGGAAAAGGACAGAGAAAAAACAGGAGACACAUCAAAGAUGUUCAGGAGAACAAAGAGCUACAACAGCCUGCUGACUACCUUAAUUGGCGCUGGGAUCCGAAUUCUUUUCAGUUCCUGCCAAGAAGAAACUGCAGAUUUGCUAAAGGACUUGUCUUUAGUGGAACAAAGGAAGAAUGUUGGUAUUCAUGUUCCAAUAGUGGAGAAUAGUAGUAAAUGUGAGGCACUUCAGUUUUAUUUAAGUAUUCCCAAUGUAAGUUAUAUAACUGCAUUAAAUAUGUGUCAUCAGUUUUCAUCUGUGAAAAAGAUGGCUAACAGCUCACUUCAAGAAAUCUCCAUGAAUGCACAAGUAACUAUUCAAAAGGCUGAGGAGAUCUAUAAGUACAUUCAUUACGUAUUUGACAUGGAAAUGUUACCACAUGAUCUUAACCAAGAUAGACUGAAAUCUGAUGCAUGA